AUGAUUUACCUCAAAGGUAAUACUACUUAUUCAUUGUCGUCUACAGCUGCCAAGAGUCCAAUUCUCAAGGUUCUUGUACCAAACUAUGCAGCCGGAUCCAUUAUUGGCAAAGGUGGGCAAAACAUUGCCCAGGUGCAGCAAAGUACAGGUGCUCGAAUCAAACUGUCCCCCAAUAACCACUACUACCCAGGAACCCAAGAGCGCAUUGGGCUCAUCAUCGGGGAGGUAGAAAACAUCAUCACCAUGUUAAACUUUGUAGUUGACAAGAUCCGGCAAGAACCGCAGCAGGCAAAGAUGAAUGCUAACAUCCAGUUUGACACUGAAAGGGCAAAACAGAUGAAAAUAGUAGUUCCUAACUCUACAGCAGGUAUGAUUAUUGGUAAAGGAGGCUCAGCUAUAAAGUCCUACAGUGAACAAACAGGAGCACGAAUCCAGAUUUCACAAAAAGAUGCAGACAGUGUCGCCGGUGAACGGAUCGUAAACGUGAGUGGAACAGAAGAGCAAGUCCAAGCUGCAUGCUCUAUAAUUGCUGCGAAAGUACAAGAAGACCCAGAACACGCGCUAAAUAAUAACAUCAUGUACACAGGACUCACAAGUCAAAGACACGCUAAUGGCCAUUUUGGCACCAAUCUUCAACUUGGAACCUUGUCUGGUUUUGGGGGAAUUGGCCUACCAGGUACUACUCCGGGUAGUCAGGGCACACAGGGAACAUCAACUGCCAACCACAUUCUUGCACAAGCCGCCCUCAUGGGUGGGAGUAAUCCACUAAGUAGUGCCCUUGGGAUAUCACCCCCAAGCACAGCCACCACAAGCACCAGUAUUCAAUCAUCUGCUACACUUGAAAUCACUGUACCAGACGAAUUAAUUGGGGCCAUCUUAGGGAAGGGUGGUAAAACCAUCAAUGAGCUAAUGCAGUAUAGUGGGGCUAGGAUUCAGGUUUCUCAGAAGGGAGAGUUUGUGCCGGGUACUAAUAAUCGUAAGGUGGUCAUAACCGGCGAUGUACAAGCUGCUCAACUUGCACAUUUUCUUAUCACUCAACGGUUACAGCAGGUUGAGGCUGAACGGUUAGUCAACCCACAACCCCCCAGUGUCAACUCACACACUACAUAAAUUAUGGUCUGUUAGGAUCAAACAAAAUAGUAAAAUAUUAAAUUGAUCUACAUGAUGAAUGCAAACAAAAGUCAAUUCAAGGGGGAAAUGAAAAUGAAGGAACGGUGGUGAAUUGUUGAAUAUAAAUUGAAAAAGGACAUGAAAAAUAAUACAUUCAUUUUUAUGCACUGAAGAUCCUUAAAAAGGCAUUUUUUUAACAUUUUCUUUUAACACAUUGGUUUGGUCAAAAGAUGUAUAUUUGAUGCUAAAUUAUACGGACUAACAACAUGUGUCAUGAUUUUGAAUUUUGUCUCGAUGUUUUUCGUCUGCCAUGCUGUGAACUAUGAUGAAUUCCAUGAUUCAACACAUUAUUCCCAAAGCCACAGGCCAUUUAUGAACAUUGAAUAGAAGUCCAUUUCAUAAUGUCGUGGAGAUCUGUAAUAACGUUUCUUAAUCACUGCAUUUAUGAACUAUUAAUGACCUUAAUAUUUCACCAGUAAAAAACUCAUUUUCACCGUAAAUUGUGCACCAUCUUGAACUAAACAUUCAUCUACGAUUGGCUCACUUUGCAUGGUCAUUUUCAUGUCCCCAUCAUGUGCGCAUUUGAUAUUUUAAUAUUCACUGAUCAUGUGAAGCAUACAUUCAUUAUUAAUAAUUCUAUAUUGUAGAGAUAUGCAGUCACUGUUCCAUUACUAAGGAUAUUUCACUUUGUCUUAAAUGUUAUGAAAGUUUAAUAGCUUACCAUGGCGAAUACAGGCAGCAAGCCACUAUAGAUAAUCCCCUAAGGAAUAUUGGAAUUGUAUUUAGCCAGACUUGUGUACAAAAAAAAAUUCUAUUUAGGCUACGUUUGAAAGUGAUGUUUUAAGCCCACGAGCUCAUCUUCAGGUUGCAUUUUUAAUAGUGAUUUAUUGACAUCACUUAUUAAUGUACCUUUUAUCAGUGUAUGGAUGUAUUUCAUUUUUUGGCAUAUUUCCACUUUGGAUAGAAUAGAGUAAUGAUGUCAAGCUGAUAGGAGCUUUGGAUAGUUGAUAUUCUACAGAUUGUACAUUUGGCAGUCAAUAUUAACCAUUUAAUGGUAGAUUUAUUAAGACACACACACUGUUUUCGCUUUAUUAUUACUUUAUAACCAUCUAAUCUAUACCAGAUUAAUUCAUACCAUCAGUACAGUCCACUAUAAUCUUAUAUUGUCAACAUUACUUCACAGAGAAAAGAGAGGUUGAUUUUCAACAAUUUUGUGCAAUUCUUCAUUGGUUACAAAAAAGAGUUUUUUAAUAACCAUAACAGUAUUUGUGUGAGGUCAUUUUUAGAAAUGUAAAUUUUUCAAAUCUUCCUGUUGAUCAGAGUUCUAAUAACACAUUAUUUCAGUUCAAUAGGUGUCUAGCGUAAGACRUUACUGCAUGUUUGUUUCGAGCUGAAGUGAUGAUAUAGAUGUAGAACUAGAAUUUUGAUGAUUGUGAAAUCCUCAAGUCUGGUCUUGUUGAAAAUCACCUCUUAAAUGAGAAUGUUUUGUUCCUCAACCCAUCUGCAUUGAUUAUAUAUUUAUUCUUGCCAUUCUAGUACAUUUAAUCAGAACCUGCAAUCCACAAAAGAACAUUUGAUCAUAACCAUUUUUCAUCCAUUGUAAAUUAACUGUUUGCCACUAAUGAUUGCAUAAUGUAUCCAUGUACAUCCAUAUGCACAUAUAAUAAACAACUGUCAAACCACGUCAUGUCCUCUAUUCAUUUCUCGCCAUCUCUUCCGUUAUUCAUUUUUUUAAUGGUACCCACUUUUCCCAUUCUUAUAUUCAUUAUUCUGCACAUAUAACAUACAUUUCAAUUCCCACAAAUUUAGGAUUACAAAUUGUUGAGUUGGAGGUGGAAAAAAAGGGAAAUUAAUGAUAUUUGAAACAUUCUGAUCUGAUCAGCACAUUAUAAACUGAUUAUAAUCAUUCCAAGCUUUCAUGCUGUUGUCAUAUUUAACAUUGUUGACAUCUAAUUUGUAGCUACCCACCACAAGAAUAUAAUAUUUGUUAUCAUUCAAGUUGUACAUUUAAGAGAAAUUUUAAUUUAUAGAGAAAUCAUCAAAUAAGCAUGAACAGCUGCAAAAGCAUGCAACAUUUUUCUCAAAUUACCAAUAAUUUAGACCUUGAAAAUUAUGGCAAAAGUCAUGUUAUCAUGUAUGUGCUACAAUUACCAGAAUGUCAUUGUUUUCUACAUACUACCAUGCGAAUACCCUAGCACAAAAUUUAAAGCUGAACCAACUGACAAUAUUGUUUAUUUACAAGAAUGAAGUUUGUAAAACGCAAAAAUUCAAAGAUUCUCCACUGAGACAUUAAUAACUUAUCCUUGGUUUUGUUUGUUUGACAUUAGACUCUAUUUCUCUUGUUAGUUAGAAAGUUAAUAUGUGGAACUAAUAUUAUGUUGCAUGCUUUUGUGCUUGUAGUUGGUAACCUAAAUUCGGUGUGUUUUGCAUCAUAAUUGUUAUUCCACAAACAUUGAACAUAUUUUUGACAUUUGUAGACACAAUGAAUUCAUUUUUAUUUGCUAACACUGUAAAUAUUUAAUAGUUUUGAUAAAGAGAAUAUUUAUUGGGACAUUUUCCACUAUCAAACUUGCUGUGUGAUGAAGACAUUAGUAUUACAGUCACACGUAUUGAGCACUGUGCAAUGUUUUACCAGAAUGGUGAAAGUAUGCCAUUUGUCAUCCCAUGUCAAUAAAAAUAGCUGUGUUUGAAUG